AGCAUACAGAUAAGUGACGAGGAAGAGUUUCUACAGCAUCGACAUAAAGCACAACCUCAGUCAGCCAAUGACGUUGAGCACACGGAACAGAUUGAAGUAGAAGAAGUGCACGAAGACGCUGCAGACCACGAGGGGGUACAUGAUGAUACCACCAAAGUCGUUGAGCCAGAAACUGAAGUGGGCACCGGUGUGCAAGAAAAUGAAUCGACCACUGGCAUCGAGGAGACCGUUGUCACUGGAGAGGUCCAAGGUGAUCUGCUUGAAGCCGUGUUCUCAGCACUGCGAACGCAUACACCGGUUGAAACCAAUGAGCUCACAGCAGAGCCGGAGCUUCUAGCGAAAACCAACGAAAUCGAGGAGGUUACCAUCACCGCCCGUCCUGCGUCUCGCACUAACUCCACGCAUUCUUCACACGAAAGCGCCGUUGAUGUGCAACAGCAAUCGAAUUAUGUUCCGACAUACCAAUCAAAACGUCAAAAUCCGCCUCAGGUCUCCCCGCCGAGCAAUGGAAGUAGUUUGAAUGGAUAUCCAACAUCUACUAAUAGCGUGUCGCCGAUGGGUGAUAAGUUCGACAUCUUCGGUCUUUCGGCACAAGAGGCUCGCGAGAGGCUACGUCAGCAAAAGAAGAACAUUCACCGUGGCUUCGACAUGUCGUUGGAGGAGAAGUACAGGCUUGUUAGCAACAUGUAA